UCCAGACUGCCUAUUCCACCUGGUCUGCUAUCUGCGAAGCACGCAGCUGAACUGCGGAAGCGGCGAAGACACGAAGCCUGCCCAGCCGACCGCCGCCGCCGCCCUCCGUCCAGGGCCCUGCGUAGGCCAUCGGAAAUAGGCGUCCCUCCGGAAUCUAGCUCUCUGCCAGACUCACUGACUGCCUCUUUCCGACUGACCACCUUUUGCUAGUAGAUAUUAAUAGAUACGUAUUAAUCAAAUCUUAGGGUUCUUUAUCGUCAAACAUCGCAACUCCCUCAUGGCGGCAACAGUCAGAUCUCUCCGGCUCCGUAAUAAACGGCACCAAGCCAUUUUUCUCCUGGAUUGUUCUUUUUCCAGUUCGGAUCAACCUCACCCUAAAUUAGACUACUUGAAGAAUAUCCAUAACAAACUAGUAAAUUUGCCAAUCCGGAAUGCUCCUCCGACGCCGCAUUCUCCCCCUUCACCUUCAUCAACGAACGUGACAUUUCAGGGUAUGUACAAUCGAAGUUUUCUCUCCCAGGAGAAAGAGUCCAAGCCCGAUGCCUCAAAGCCCGCCACCGACAAGACGCCCUUUGGGGCUAUCGGUAAGUGUUUGGCUCAGCUCCAGCAAAGUAACCGGGGUGCUGCUCCUGGGAAAACGGGGUUUCCGCGUUCACUUCCUAACUUGAGGUUGAGGUCUGGUGAUAUGAGCAUACAAGAACAGGCGGCACCAAUUGGUAGUGAAAAGUUACGUACAUCUAUGCUUAACAAUGGUAGCAAGGAUUCAAAGGGCAGGAAUAACGUAGGACUUGUGAAAAGUUCAUUUGAGCUUGGGUAUAAUCACAAUGAGCUGGGUGAGAAGCUGAGAUCAUUGAGGCCGGAUCACGUGGGAAAGAAAAAUUGGUUUUCGUUUCAAGAAUUGAAUGAUAGGUUGCUUAAGGUUAAGGAGAUUGCGGAUAAAGAGUAUGCCGCUAAACAGGGUCAAGCUUUUGCAGAUAUGAGAAAAGCUAUCAAGUCAAUAUCAAACCCUUCUAAAGAUGCUAACAAGCAGACUAAUACAUUUCAGACUUUGAAUCUUAUUGGCUUACAUGGAGAAAGGUAUGAGUACUUAUCAAGUCCUCCCAAGGAGCACUUACUUGAGAAGUAUUUUGAUCCAGCUCUCAUGUCAUCUGCAGAGAAAAUGAAGUUGGAGCUAAAGAAAGUCAGAGAUGAAUUCAAAUUGACAGAGUCUGAUUGUGGCUCUGCUCGUGUUCAGGUUGCUCAACUUACAACCAAAAUCAAACACCUAUCAGGUGUUCUUCAUAAGAAGGACAAACAUUCUCGAAAGGGUCUUGAAGCGAUGGUCAAGAAGAGGACAAAGAUGAUGAAGUAUCUCCGAAGGACUGAUUGGGACUCGUACUGCAUGGUGCUAUCUAAGCUUGGUCUUCCCGAGAAAGAGUACUACAAGAGCUAAAGCGGCACAUGGUCAAAUGCAUGUAACAUUUGGAGAUAUGCACUUUUCUGCAGAUUCUCUAUGUUGCUUCUUUUCCUAUCCCCUCCCUUUAAUGGUGCCAUAAUUACUUCUGUGCUAGUAGUGCAUAAAUGCACUUGCUGCAUACAUACAUUAGAAGUACACAUUAUGAGUUUGUCAUGUAUCUUCCCGUUACAAGUUUUUUUAAUUUUGAUAAAAUAAAGUUGUGUUGUUUCAUUAGCUAGACAUAAACUGAAGGACAAUCAUUUUUGUUAGGUUUUGUAACGGGAAAUGUUAGGGGGAAGACAUCAAAUGAAGGACAAUUAUUUUUGUUAGGUUUUGUUUUACACUUUUAC